AUGGCUGACCACACCGGGCCGAGCGGCACGAUGUACACUCGCAGUGCUAAAAGAGUGCUGGGCUACUGUAUGCUCGUUGGCAUGUUGGCCGUCACACAAGGCCUCGACAUAGCGCAAACGUCUGGAUUCCUUGCCAUGCCUAGGUUCAACCAAGACUUUGGCAGAUGGAACGAGGCGGCACAAGGCCAUGUUAUUACCGCCGGUCAGCAAACGGAAAUGUUUGGUAUCUUGCUCGCUGGUGCUGUCGUCUCUUCUGCGGCAUCUGGUUGGGUCGGCACACAUUGGGGUCGUCGUACCGGCAUCUUUGUCGGAGCUCUCACUGGCUUCAUCAAUCCUAUCAUUCAGGCGACCGUGACCACCUGGGCAGGGCUUAUGGUCGGCAAGUUCAUCUCUGGAUUUGGUAUCGGACUUGGGCAGACCUUUGUGAUUCCAUACUGGGCCGAAACGACGCCGGCUCACCUCCGUGGCUUGGUGCUGGUCAGUCUGCAAGGAAUCAUCAACAUCUUUACCCUUGUGGGAUCGUGUGUCAAUGAAGGAACGCACGACCUCACUACCCGCUGGGCGUAUCGUGGUCCUCUUCUGACGGAGUUGCUUGCUCCACUGAUUCUUCUUGUGGCUAUAUAUUGGAUCCCGGAGACACCACGUUUCUACGCCUCUCACGGUCGUCCGGACGAUGCGUUCGAUUCCAUGAGGAAGAUCAGAGGACCAACAUAUCCGGAAGAAGAGAUUCAGGAUGAAGUCAAGGAGGUCAUCGCCAUGGAUCGCAUUGAGAAGGAGCUCGAGGGGUCCGCACGUUGGAUUGACCUCUUCAGGGGCACGGAUCUCCGGAGGACUGUGGUUUCCGUGAUUGCCAUCACGUGUCAGGAGUUCUCAGGCAUAUCGUUCAUCACUGGGUACGGCACAUAUUUCUUCAGCAUCUCGGGAGUCAACAAUCCCUUCGUCAUCUCCGUCAUCACAGGCAUUUGUGGUAUAGCUGGCUCAGCCGCGGCAUUUGCUCUGAUCAAAUUCUGUGGCCGACGUCCAAUCCUCAUCUAUGGAGCUGCCGCACAAGGUACAUCGAUGCUCACGUUUGCCAUUGUCGCUGUCGCUGCUCCUGGUAGCCACGCCGCCGCACAGUGUUUGGCUGCAUUCGUCAGCUUGUUCAUCUUCUCCUACGGCGCGACCUGGGGUGCGGUGGGACCCGUUGUCCUCGGAGAGCUGUCGUCGACAAAGUUGCGCUCCAAAACGAUCUCGCUCUGCUACAUAGCAGGAUGGUCCGCUGACAUAUUGAUCAUCUGCGGUACUCCAUACCUCAUUGGUGCCGACUAUGCCAACCUUGGAGCCAAAGUUGGCUUCAUAUAUGGCGGCAUCGCUAUCCUGGUGGUAAUCUGGACAUUCUUCUUCCUUCCCGAAACCAAGGAUCGAACGCUGGAAGAAAUUGACGAAAUGUUCAUGAACAAAGUGCCAGCUCGUCAAUUCAAGAACUAUGUCAUUACCAAGAAUGUACAAGGCCUUUCGGUGCAGGAUCAGAUCGACCAUAUUGGAGAGAAGGCUCUUGUGUCGGUGGAAACCGUGGAGAACAGGGCCUGAGGGACUUUAAGUGCCGGUACUUGCCCUACCGUGGUUGCUGGACAAAGGAUGAAGUGUUUGAAUGGGCGAAUCUUGCACUAUCCCUAUAAGCGGUUGCAAUCUCCUCAGGGAUGCAACGACGAAGACUGCGCCUGGUCCGGUGG